GAAGAGAAGGCCCAUUCGAACUACAGCUCGGUCGGUAUUAGCUCCAUCACGUAAAUCGUCUCAAAGACACGAUCUGAAUACUCAGAGAGAGAACGGCGAUUUCAAAUAUUUCUCCGGUUGUUGGACCGAGCACUACUGCGAGGAGUUCCUAAAAGGCAUUGUGCUUUGUCAUGGUGAGCUGUCGUUUCUCGAAAAUUUGAUAAAUUCUCUACCAUUGCUUCCAAUCAAGAUUUCUCCUCAGUCGAAGUGUCUGUUUGCGUAUCAGGGUCCGAGCGACAACCAGAGGGAGUUUUAUUUGCACAUGCCGCUUCUUUCUGGGAUGGUGACUUCGAUAGACCCCUUUAUACGAAAGACGAGCAACCAGAGUUACCUUCCCUGUCAGUGCGGCGUGGUCAUUUGGAACCACUUCACGUUGGUGUGCAUCGCGGAUGGACUGACGUGCAACGCUGCAUCACGCCAGGCAUGUGAGUGCGCCGUCAAGGCGGUCGUAUCCGAGUUCAGGGCCCUCAAUCUUGUCUCAAACGAGCUACGUAGAACUGUAGCCGGAAUUUUGAAGUGUUACAGCUUGGCGCACAAACGCAUUCUUGAAAAUCAAAAAAUUAUUUGGAAUGCGGGAACCACGACGUUGCUCGUUUGUGUAACAGUAGAAGUUGAGCCGUGCGAGGCCAGUGAGUUUUGCAAAUGGUGUUGCAUAAGCGUCUCAAUAGGAAAUGGUAGAGUAUAUUAUUGGAAUAGGCAAGAGGGACGUGUUCAGGAGGUGACUCGUCAUUCAGAGUAUGCCGAUCCAGGUGGCCGUAUCGGGCCGUACAUUUAUAACGGCUGUCCAGACCUGCGCAAUUUUGAGGUAUCGUACAAGUUUUGUUCUGCAGGAGAUGUCAUUUUUUUGUGUUCCAGAAACCUGUACGAGAAGUUUGAUCCCGAGUAUUUGGGAGUGAUGCCUAACGAGGUCCGAGCGCUUAAGAGCUCGGGGACGGGUGAUGCUGAUCAACUCCCCGAUAAGUGGAAAGACUUAGAUGCGAAUACUUCAUUUAGCUUGAGAAAAUUGUACGAAAUUCACGCUCUGGAAAAGAAAAUCAACGGCCUCGAGAUUGUGUCUCCGAGUCAGAUUGUAGCAGCGUUGAUGGGACAUUACAUUAAAACGCAUUAUCUAAAGGUAGACCGCUCUGCAAGUUUUGAGCCCCACACAACGACAGGCUUCAAAGAUUUUGAAUACGCUGCGUGUAUUGUCUACGCUAUCGGCCCUCCCGCAAACACCGUAACAUAAACUACCUGUAACUCUUUUUUGAUUCAGAAAGUGGCAAAGAACUGGUGAUGCCUUCUAGGCUCUUUUCAGUUCAUUUUUUUGUUAUCAUUCAAGUGUGGGUGUGUUUUUGUGCUAUCUUCGCCUACAUAUUUUUUUUAUUUCAUUUGUGCGCACAUCUUUUUUAGAAUCUUCCGCCGAAGCGCUCCGAAUGAAUGCAGUAAAUCCGAAACCAUUUUUGAAGCAGCUUACAGGAAAACCCGUGAUGGUCAAGCUGAAGUGGGGAAUGGAAUACAAGGGUUAUUUGGUAUCAAGCGACAAGUACUUCAAUCUUCAGUUGACAAAUACAGAAGAGUUUAUAGAUGGAAAUUUAACUGGUAAUAUCGGAGAAGUUCUCAUUCGCUGUAAUAAUGUGUUAUAUUUACGAUCGGCUGAGGAGCCGGCGAGCUAAAGGGUUUUUAAAGUGCCAUCCGUUGCACUGCAUAAUAAAUUAUGGGCAAAAAAAGUAGGAUGACAGGUUCAAGUAACUUUUUUUUUACAGGUUUUUUUUCCAAGGCUUUUUUUUAUCGAGGCCAUGCGUUCUGCAGCCCCCGUCAGCGUUUGCAGACAGGAACGGGCACAAGCAU